GCCUCUCCGGCUCACUUUUGGUGAAGCGACCUUCCAGGCGGACCCAACCGCCACCGCAACCGCCAUGCUCGCAGGCCACGAUAAUAGCUCGGAAACAAACUACAAGCACAAUUUCUCUUCAAAAAGGUUUCAGAUGUCAUUCUGGCAGCGCCUGUAGGGUUUCUGGGGUCACACCGAAGUAUCCCGUCGGCGCGCUCGCCCUACGGUGCACCAGCAGCUUUUGAUACACCAACAGGAACUUAUAACAAGAAAACACCGAAGUCAGUUGCCACGGGGGCAGCCACAUGGACGUUUUCCAGUAUACGACACUGGACAAGGGCGCUGGUUCUGCGCUUUUCCGUGCACCUCGUCUAACAUAUAUCGGUGCCGCAGACGUCCAGAGUUAGUCUUCUGGUCAUACAGGGCGGUAGCAAGGCACACACUCGUUGAGGACGUUUGCACGCGCAUCAGCACGCCAACUGCACCAUCAAUCACAACUUGUGUUGCCAGCAGUCGAUCGCACUAGUUGAACGCGCCCGCCCUCACGCCUACGAAGCUUGCACUUGUAGCGAGACGCGCAAGAAUGUCUACAGGCGUCGACUACUUGGGACAUGGCGCGGUGAAGGCGACUGAGGGGCCGCCGGUCAACCCGUCAGGCCGCAAGUACCCUUACGAGCUCGACUCGGAGGGCAAGGCCAAAAGCAUUCCCGUGUGGCGCUUCACCAACCCGCACAUGGGCGCCUUUCAUCUGUCCUGGUUCGCCUUCUUCAUUUCCUUCCUCGCCACCUUCGCGCCGGCCUCGCUGCUGCCCAUCAUCCGCGACGACCUGUUCCUGACCAAGGCGCAGCUGGGCAACGCCGGUGUGGCGGCCGUGUGCGGCGCCAUCGCGGCACGCGUGCUCAUGGGCGUGUUUGUGGACAUCGUGGGCCCCCGCUACGGCACCGCAGCCACCAUGUUGAUGACCGCUCCGGCCGUGUUCUGCAUGGCCCUGGUCACCGACUUCGCCAGCUUCGCCGCCGUGCGCUUCUUCAUCGGCCUCAGCCUCUGCAUGUUCGUGUGCUGUCAGUUCUGGUGCGGCACCAUGUUCAACGUCCAAAUAGUGGGCACUGCCAACGCCAUCGCCGGGGGCUGGGGCAACAUGGGCGGCGGCGCGUGUCACUUCAUCAUGCCGCUCAUCUACCAGGGCAUCAAGGACGGCGGCGUGCCGGGAUACCAGGCCUGGCGCUGGGCCUUCUUCGUGCCGGCUGUCUUCUACAUCGCCACGGCCCUGGCCACCCUGGCCCUGGGCAUUGACCACCCCAGCGGCAAGGACUACCGCGACCUGAAAAAGGAGGGGGCGCUCAAGUCCAAGGGCGCCAUGUGGCCAGUCAUCAAGUGCGGCCUCGGCAACUACAGGUCUUGGAUCCUGGCCCUGACGUACGGCUACUCCUUCGGUGUUGAGUUGACGGUGGACAACAUUAUCGUGGAGUACAUGUUUGACCAGUUCGGGCUGUCGUUGACCGUGGCGGGCGCGCUGGGCGGCAUGUUUGGCAUGAUGAACCUUUUCAGCCGGGCCAGCGGCGGCAUGAUCAGCGACCUCAUCGCCAAGCCCUUCGGAAUGCGCGGUCGCAUCUGCGCUCUCUGGAUCAUCCAGACCCUGGGGGGCAUCUUCUGCGUCAUCCUGGGCCGGGUCCACAACAGCCUGACCUCCACCAUCGUCAUCAUGAUCAUCUUCUCCAUCUUCUGCCAGCAAGCCUGCGGCCUGCACUUCGGCAUCACGCCCUUCGUGUCGCGCCGCGCCUACGGCGUGGUCUCCGGCCUCGUGGGCGCAGGCGGCAACACCGGCGCCGCCAUCACACAAGCCAUCUGGUUCGCCGGCACCGCCCCCUGGCAGCUGACCCUCACCAAGUACCAGGGUCUGGAGUACAUGGGAUACCAGACCAUUGGUCUGACGCUGGCGCUGUUCUUCAUCUGGUUCCCCAUGUGGGGCUCCAUGCUGACCGGACCGCGCGAGGGCGCAACAGAGGAGGACUACUACAUCAAGGAGUGGAGUGCGGAGGAAGUGGCUGACGGCCUGCACCACACCAGCCUGCGCUUUGCAAUGGAGUCCCGCUCGCAGCGCGGCACACGCACCAGCACCCAGACCAAGGUGAUGUCGGUCGGCGACGGCGCCGGCAGCAACAAGGCGGAGGUGGUGGUGGUGGCGGCGGCGCAGCAGGGCGCGGUGCCGAUGGCAUCUGUGGAGGAGGGGAGCAGCGGCCGCAGCAGCAGCUCGGGGGGCCACCAGCAGCAGGAUGCGCGUGCGCGUGUGCAGGUGUCGUAAGUAACUCGUAACUAACUCGGGAGGGUGAUGCUGUGAUGCAGAAGGAGCGUAUUCCGGCAUCCCGGUUGCUAGAGAAGACCUGAUAACCCUCGGACAUGUUCUUUUAUCGGCUUCGCUAAGCCUUCCUGCGCCUACGUGCCGUCCAUGCUGUUUUGCGCGUGUUUAUGUGUGUGUGCGGCAGGCGGCUGUUGACUGUUAUGUUUUGUGGGCGAGGCAGGUUGAACGGUUGAAAGAUUGCUGGGCAUAAUGAGGAAAGGGCCAUGGCCGGUGCAAUGCUUCGUAUACAUAUUUCCUUACAGAUAUACUUCACUGCAUACGUACUGUUGUUCAAAAAGCGCCGCGAGUGGGCGAGCGGGAGAGCGAGCGGGAGAGGGACUGAGCACUUCAGUUGGUGGGGGGCCGUGGCGUGCAGUGCCGCUGCCCGUGACGGGUGCGGCUGUGUGCGUCCGUUAAUCAGGGAUUGAAGCAUAUCCCGCCGUGAGACGAUUAUUACUUUGAGACGCUUUUCCAUCAUCUGCCCAUUCAGUGCAACGCAGCGCACUGGCCGCAUGUAUUCUGUAUUUUCCGCGCUUACCCGUACCUGAUAUUAAUACAAUAGGCGUGCUCGGUCCCACGCUCGUGGAUGGCGUUACAUACUAAUGAGACUGGGCUGGAUGUGCCGGACAGUUUGUGCGCUCUCGCUCUUCUGGGGGGCCCCAUUGCAAUGACCGUCACUUUUGGGUCGUUGGGGCUUCGACUCACCUGGCGCGCGGUACUUCAACGGCUCACCCACGCCUCAGAAGUUGUGCACAGUGUGCAACGGUAGCCUGCGUAUCGGCGUGUGUGCUCCGAUGUCUGUGUGACCAGGCGAUGCUUUGCGUAAAUGCUUGGCGCUUUCCGGGCAGAACUUUGCCUGGCAAUGCUUUCCUGUAAGUUGCCUUGAGC